AAAAUAAGCAUUCUGUGUGUGUCUACUUAUCAAUCAAUAUGCGAUAAGAUUAGCUUACGUUUGCCGAUUGAUAGACCAACACACAGACUCUAGUGCUGUCUGACCUAACGGCCAAGUCGGAUCGGUGAAGACGAAGAACAAGUAGACUGUGGCCAUGGAAUCAAGCAACGCAUCAAAUAGGCCAUCAACAAAUGAUUUUCAAACACUGCCAACAGAUCAGCAUCAGCCAGAUGGAGUAAUGAGACUUGAGAAUACAAUGUCGCGCACUGCGACUCAAACAUGUUGUAAUCGUGAUCUACGUAAUCAACCUCAAGUCAAUGCAGUGGGUGCAGCUGCAUUGAUUUUUCUCUCUGGUGGCAUGUUUUUGGCCUGGUCCAUUGGGUUCAAUAGCUAUAAUAACGAAUUUAUAAUCGGCCCACAUCUGCGCAUCAGUUGGUUUAUAGCUGCCAUUUUUGGUGCUGCAUUCGGUUUCCUGUUGAGUCAACUUUGCUCCUACAAAUUGUUAGUGGAAUUUAGUUCUUUGCUGGUUUUAAUUGGAGGCAUUGUGACUACAGUUGGAAAUUCAACGUUUGACUCAAAAUCUGGUGCUGGACCCAUAUUUGCCGCAAAUUACAUGAAUGGGAUUGCCAAUGGCCUGAUCUUUGCCCCAACAUUGGCCAUGGCAGGGGAAUUAUCUGUUUGCUAUAAGCGUGGCUCAAUUGCCUCUGCCAUAGAACAAUGGCCAACAACGUUGGGCAUAUUUGUGCAAAUUGUUUGCGCUGUAAGCCGAGAUCCAGAAGAUGACUACCGGCCGGAGCAUGUGCAGGGGAUUGUGAGCAUAAUUUGUGGCAUCAUUGGCAUAUGCCUAGCAUAUGUGUGGAGCAUUGAGUCACCGGUAGAGCUUCUAAGAGCAAACGACGAGCAAGGAGCCAUCGAUGUCUUGUCCAAAUUACAGUGCCCACGAGCUGUUACCGCCGAAACGUAUCAUCAGCUGACGGAACAUCGCUUGUAUUUGGCACAAAAUCAAGCAUUGAGUGAGAUAGAAGCGUGGCAGCAAUCACUACCAGCUUUAGUCCGUCUCUGUCUAAUACGUGGCCUAUACGCUAGCAGCAAUAGCAUGCUUGUGGCCUAUACAUUGAGUUUAACUAGCACCAUUGUCUAUGGCGAUAACUCGGGUCCACAUGUGCUCUUUGGAUUUUUCCGCCUGGUGGGCAGUUGUUUGUGUGCCUUCUCGCUGGACUCGUUGGGCCGCAAAAUUCCUCUUCUAAUGGGCCUCAUUGUAUGCGGCGGCAUGUCCAUUGGAUUGGCAAGCCGUUUCACAAUUCACGAAUUUGUUCGCACUAGUGAUAUGAGAACUGCUCUAUGGCUUCUUUUGAUCUCUCAACUAUUCUCGGGCAUUGCCUUUGCACCAAGCUCAGCUUACUUAUCGGAAGCCUUUCCAUUGUCUGUGAAACGGCCAUGUAUUGCCUUGGCAUAUACAGUGGAGAUGAUUAUACACUUGGGCAUAAAUUCUGUGGUUCUAGGUGCUCAGAUAUCCGACAAUGUUUCAGCAUUUUUUUUCAGUAUUGGUGCAUUGCAGUUAAUUGGUUUCCUUUUGAGUGUCUGGUAUAUGCCAGAAACCAAAUUGAUCACGUUGCGGCAAGCACAGGACAUUUUUCGCCAUUUCGUGAUAGGAACAACCGAACAACCAAUUCUUAAUCGUCGUGCCUAAAAGUAUGCAACGCGAUCGAUAUCAAGAGAAAAGAGAAACAAAAACUGACUAAAGACUAUCAGGCAAUUUUAGCUGUUUGUAUUACACAAAUAAUCUACACCUCUCGACAUACAUAUAGUAGUACUAUAGUAAUUAUUGAAUUGUAUGCCUUAUUAGUCCAGGCCACAAUUCAAUAAGUCAUCAUGAAAUAACAAAUUAUUUGUCUACCUACCAUGGACACUUCAACGAA